CCACCCAUCACAAAGGAAAACAGCAACGGUACCUAGCACCAUGGCUCUCACCACAAGCACUAACCAAGCUUUGCUCGACGCUCAGCUCGAGCUCUGGAACACCACCUUUUCCCACAUCAAGUCCAUGGCGCUCAAAUCCGCUCUGGACCUCCGUAUUGCCGAUGCCAUCCACAACCAUGCCGGCGCCGCCACCGUCCCCGACAUAGUGGCGACGGUGAAGCUCCACCCAUCCAAGAUCCCCUGCUUUCGUCGCCUCAUGCGCGUGCUCGCAGCCACCGGCGUCCUCAGCGCCGGGAACCCGUCGGGCAGCAGCACUGAGCUCGUGUAUGCGCUCACACCGUUGUCCCGCCUCCUCGUCGGCUCGCAUAACCUAGUUCCUAUCACUGCCAUGAUACUCCAUCCAAGCUUUGUCUCCCCGUUCCUCGAGCUUGGCACAUGGUUCCAGCAGGAGCUACCGGGUCCAUGCGUCUUCAAGCAGACGCACGGCCAGACAGUGUGGGAGCAAGCCGCCCGUGACGCAUCCUUUGACGCGCUCGUCAACGACGGGAUGGUCUCGGACAGCCACUUCAUCAUGGACAUCGUCUUCGAGGAGUGUGCAGAUGCCUUUCAGGGGAUAAGCUCCUUGGUGGACGUCGGUGGGGGUCUCGGCGCAGCUGCACAGGCCAUCUCAAAGGCCUUCCCGGAUGUGAAAUGUAGCGUUUUGGAUUUGGACCACGUUGUCGCCAAGGCUCCGAGUGGCACGGACGUGCAGUAUAUCGCCGGCGACAUGUUUGAGAGCGUUCCACCGGCGAAUGCUAUGUUCUUCAAGUGGGUUUUGCAUGACUGGAGUCACGAGGAGUGUGUCAAGAUAUUAAAAAAUUGCAAAAAAGCUAUCCCGCCAAAGGAGGAAGGAGGAAAGGUGAUAAUUAUAGAUAUUGUGAUUGGAGAAGAAUCGUCAAACUUGAAGCACAAAGAGACGCAGGCCUUGUUUGAUUUAUAUAUCAUGCUUGUAAAUGGCAUUGAGAGAGAUGAGCAAGAGUGGAAGAAAAUCUUUUUUGAAGCUGGAUUUAGUGAUUACAAGAUAUUGCCGGUGUUAGGCGCUCGAUCAAUCAUUUCAGUCUACCCAUAAAUACCUCGCGAACACACAGUUAAACUGUCUUGGAUUGCGUUGGUUUGUAAUUUUGAAUAUGUUUGUUACCUCCAAUGUGGUGGUAAUUAUUCCAAUGUCUUGGAUUGCGUUGGUUUGUAAUUUUGAAUAUGUUUGUUACCUCCAAUGUGGUGGUAAUUAUAUAUUCCAAUGUACUUGUGUAAAAAACUUUAUUGUGCUAAUGUUGCUUCCACGUGUCUAUCUGCUA